UCAUGGGGCUUGCUGCACUGCUUGCUGCUGCUGAGGAGACGCCCACCAGAGAGAAAAUGACUUGGCUCUGCAGGGUCUACCUGCACCUCUGAACUGUGUGGACUGAAGUCACAGCUGAAGCAGGACAGGUUCUGUUGAGCCCAGAGCCAGAUGGAUGACUUUGAGUACAGCUUGGAGAUCAGCGACCGAGACUGGGAGUGCUUCUUUGCGGAGUGUGAGGAGUGCGACCUACUUCCUCCUUCAAUAGCACAUGUGGAUGACUCGGGGAUGAGUGAUUUUGAUGACACUCUUCUCACCCAGAGAGCUCGACGAGUUUACCCAACGCUGGGCUCCCCAGUAAACAGCCACCCAGUGGACAGCCCCCUAAAGCGCGGUGACUCUCCUCCUGUGGCGCGACGCUUUGAGACAAAAGAGAGCGGCGGAUUUGACAGUGUCCUCUCUGGCAGUGAGGAGGACAUACACCUGCAGUCUGUCAACAUAUUUCUUGAGAGGCUUAAAGGUCUAAAUGAGACCGAGCCAGACCAAGAGAGAGCUGGAAACAACAGAGAGGCAAAUCAAGGGAAGCACCAAGUCAGUGGAAGCGCUCUGCCAAAAGACAGCACUAAGUGGAGCACGCUGCCUGAUGGAGUGGAAAAAGCAUUUGACAAAGAGAGCCAGAGGCUUGUUGACCCCAUCUGGAACAUCAACACAAUGAAAACAGAUACAGCCGAGUCCAACUUUUUCUCAGAACCUGAAACCUGCAGCACCUCCCCACCGAGCUUUUGCAAAUCACCUGAAACAGAGUUAUACAUAACAGAGGGCGACUUCACAGACAGUGUGGUCGAUGAGGUAGCGGGGCGCGAUCCGCUCCAUGACUCAACAGAGAGCGUCGCUGGCUCAGACUCAAGAGCUCAGCCCUGCAGAUUGGAAAUGUGGAGAAGCAUGGACGACGUCAAGCAAGAUACGUUGACAAGUCCGGAAAGUUUCUGCACAAAGUGGAGCUACAGAAAAGACAAGAUAUCGUCUCCUGAGGGGUCCCAGUUAGUCUCCUUGAGGAGGAAGAGGAGACGGAAGAGACGACUCAGUCUGGAGGCAGGUGAAGGUGGACAUCCGUGUGAGAGGCACUCAAAGGAGGACCAUUUGACAGUAAAAGAAGGAAGACGUCUGUUUCUAUCGACGGAGACACUCGAUUUAAAAGAACAUAAAAAUCUCACGUAUGUUCUCACUCCGAAUCCCGCCACCAUCAAGUUCCCAGAGAAUUUCUCUGCUCAGGAGAUAAAAAUUGAGCUCUCCCUCUCUGUUUCCCCAAGUGACAAUCAGUACCAGUCACUCCAACAGAAAGCAUGCACAGGCAGCAAUUAUUUAACCAACCACACACCCAAACCCCCUCUGAGUCAAAGUGAUGACACUACUAAUGAUGCAGCAAAUUCAAAACCAAAUGGUGAGUUUCAGGUUACAGAAGCCCCCGGUUUGAUUGGAAAUCAUCCCUUCUUGCCAGUUUCAGCUGCUAAAGUGGAAACAGAAAAGUCAAAGGGUCAGAGGCAGGAAGUGAAAUCUGCCAAUCUUCCUCCAUCUGAUGAAAGAAAUGUGUCAGCCAGUGACUGUAGAAAUGAACAACAUGCAAAACAUUCAACAGCAGAGGUCAAAUCGGUCAGCCGUUUACCGUGUGCAGAGCCAUGUGCUCCUGCCAUGGAAGUCAUCCAAAACGGCAACCUAUCCACUGCUAAGUCUGCCCUGGCGGCGGAGGCUGGAAAUUCUGGUCUGGAGAAACGCACGGUGUGUCAAAGUGACUUUGAAAGUCAAGAACAGCUGGAAAGUGAUGGUCAGAACACAAAUCAAAAUGGCACUACACUGGAAGAGACUCCCUUUUCUGUGCACACAACUGGAGGGAUCACUUCUGAGCCAGGGGCAUUCCAAGAUGAGUCUUUGGAUGAAGUAAUCAGUACUUAUCUAACAUCAGAGCACAUUAAUAAGUCAGCUAACGAAAGCUACUUAUCUGGAAGUGUUUCUGGUUUAGCUAUAGAACAACAAAUAGAUUCUUUAGAGGUUCUAACAUCAAAUAUUUUCUCAGAGAAACACAAAAAUGUACAAAUGUCACCAAUUUCAAACUCAACGAGGGACAUUCAGACAGAUACUGAAGCGUCCCAAAAUGAAAACUUACAAACAACUCCUCCUGAUAUCACACACUUGUCGUGUCGCCCCACUCUGGACUCUGAACCAGCCCUUUCACUUUCCAGUGAAAACAAGUUUUCAGUUUUUUGUUCAGCUGUUAAUGAGCAUGAAUCUGUUCAAGAAAAAAAAGAGCAGCCAAACCUCUUGGCUGAUCAGGAAGCAAACUGUACAUUUUAUGGAUCCAAAAGCCAAGAAGAAUCAAAGUCUGACUUUGCGUGUAAAGAGAAGGAAGUCGUCCCUGCAUCCAAAGAUGUGGAUGAACCUGGCAGGAUGCCGAAUUCUGUGUUUGCAAUGUCGUCAUUCUGGAGGGAGAUGGAGAACCUGACGAUAAACGACAUAUUGGGCUUACGAAAUGCAGAUAAACCUGUUCUACACGAUUUACUUCCAGCUGUAACAGAAAGCGAGGAAACAGUGGUUGAUUCAGGCAUUUUUACUGAAGAGGAUGAGCCCAAUCCAGAAGAAGCCACCAAAGAGGUCCGUGAGGUUGUUUCCUCAUCUUCACGAUCUGUUACCUGGCAGAGUGAUCCUGUGCUAGUCAGUCAAAAUCCAGAUUCAGGUCCAGAGAGCAUGAUGUUGGAAUGUGAGACUGAUUCCCAACCCGUGCUCACUGAGAGGCCUCAGAAAUGCCUUAAAAAGAUAUCGAAAACAGUCAGUGUGCACAAUUUGGCAGCCUUGGAAUCAGAUUUGUAUAGCCACACAUGCAAAGCCGAUGGAUUACAAGUCUUAGAAGAACAAAAAACAGAAAACCUGACCUUUUUCGCUGAGAGUGGCACAUCAAAGAAAGACAGAACGUUACCUUCGUCCUCUACAAACACCUACAGGAUCUCGUUCACAGACAUAUUUCAGUACUUCUUUGGAGAAAAACAGUCAAUUUCCAGCCAGCCAGCAAGAGAAGAUACAACCACACACUACACCAGUGGAAAUUCUGUCCCUGAAACUUAUGAUCAUUUCUUUUCAGAGUUUGACAACGAGAGCUUCUUCUCCCCUCUCUUAACAGCAGCAGAGAAAAACAAAGGCAAGCCAGUUCCUAUAUUCUCGUACUCUCGCUCAAGUUGCAGAAACUUCCAGUUCCCAGAGGCCUAUGAACACUUCUUUGCAUCCUCCUCAUCUGACGAUUCAUCUGGGGAAUCUGACGAAGAGGAAAGCUACCGCCCAGUGAAGGUGGUGACCAGGUUCAGCCGUAAACUCAAUUCCAGGCAGAUUACCACAGAUGUGUAUGAGAAUUUCUUCACAGAGAGCGACAUCACAGAGAAUCUCUUCUCUCUGAGUUCACUCUCCUUCAGGAAGGUUAGCUUCACAGCUCCUGCAGCCCAGGAUGAGGGGACAGACUUGCUUGUGCCCAUGAGGCAGAGCUCCAGUCAUCAGUUUCAGAAGAUUGGUUUUCCUGUCAACACGCUGGGCAGCCCAGAUGUGAUGUUCCCCGACCCACUGCUGUACCACCUGGAGGAAAGGAUCUCCAGACAGCUCGCACUGCAGCCAUGCCGAUACGAGGGGUUGGAGGUGACUGUUUCUGAUCCAAGGUUAGAUGCCCCCUUCCUGCCUCUGAAACAGUCGGAUCUGUGCUUGGUUUGUAUUGCGUUUGCUUCAUGGGUACUGAAGACUGCUAAUCCUGAAGCUGGUGAUGCCUGGAAGGCCGUCCUCCUGGCAAAUGUGAGUGCCCUGUCUGCCAUCAGAUACCUGCGUAAGUACGUCAAAGUGGAGCCUGCAACCAGUGAGACGAAGCCCCGCUAUCCUGCCUUAACAGAUUCUUGAUCUUUCUCAAUCUAAACUAUUUUCUAUUUUCUGUACGUCUCUUUGAGCAUCUAAAGGACAUCAGUCCUUAGUAGAAACAAGAGUUUCAUUGACCUCUCUAGACAUUCAUUUUCAGCUUCAGAUUGUUUUCAUUUUUGUUAAACUUUUUCAAUUCUUCGUCCCUUAAAACCCGAGAGCAUUCACGUGAGGUUUAAAAUGACCAAAGGUAAGAAAAAAAGAAAAGGUUUGAGAAGUUUGUAAAUAGUGAUGGGAGAUGAGCAGCAGGUUUUCUCUGAGCUGGACAGACUUGAGAUGACAUGACAGAUGAAUGUGUGAUAAAUAAAUGUGAAUUUGAGGCACUUUAACAAUUCAGGGGGAAGUCUUUGACCCUAAAUGGGAAUUUUAUGUAUCAGAUGCUUUUAUUCCAGUAUGUAAAAUAUUCUCAUCACCAAUUACUUGUCGAGUUUGUAGAAACAGGGUUCAGUGUUAUAUUAAACAUGGUAGUUUACCGAAAGGAAAAGAAUGUUUUAUUUUAAGAACAGCAUUUUGUGCCAGUAUCAAUCAUGUAAUAAAUUACUUGAAGGGCAUUUUGUUCCUGGUAGAUCAUCUGUAAAGUCCUUGUUGCUGUGUAUGUCACACUGAGCCGCUGGUUUAUUUAAAAGAAGAAAAAAAGUAUGUCUGAUAUGUGUUCUGGUUCUUGUUCAAGAAAUACUCAGACCUGUCGCGACUUAAACACUAGGGGGCGACUCCUGUUCUAAGAAGACUAUCCUCACUUGUCAAGUCAUUUCUUUUGAUGAAUUCAGAUCGCGAAACAAACGUAAAUAUUAGAAAAAAAAAUAAUACUAGUAAAUACAAAAAGCAGUUUUUAAGUUAUAAUUUAACUAACAAAUUAUACAAAAGCCCUCCAACUCAACCUGGCCUUGCAUGGAAAACUAAUUCCUCCCUUGUGACUGUUAUUCUGGGCUUUUCUGUGACCUGGAUGGGACAGUGUUGCACUCCUGAAGAAACUUAAGUCAGCUAUGAAAUGAUUCUCACUGUGGCUCACCUUAGUAACAAAGCCUUAGAAAUUGCCUUGUAACCCUUUCUAGACUAUCCAAUAUCAGUGAUUUCUUUUUUUUUUUUUUUUUUUUUUGCCUUCUGUUCUUGUAUUUCUUUAGAUCAGGGCAUGAUGCGUUUCUUCUUUUUUUUUUUUAGAUGUUUUACCCUGCUUCAUGUUGACAAAAAGGUUCUUGUCAAGUGACUGUUUGAUUUUACAAGUGGUAUUCAUGCAUGAUUUAUUAAGAAGCAAUAAUGUUUUCACACUGGGCCAGGUUGGAUUGGAUAUGCCUUGUUCCUUUCUUAAAUCGUAAUUUAAAACACAGUUUUUUUUGUAUUGUCACAAGUUAUCUUUGUCUGAUUAAAAUUUGUCUGACGAUGUAAACUAUUGACAAAAAA